AUGCGUAUUUACAUUGAUGGUCUCUGUGUGUAUUUCCCUUAUCCAAGGGUCUAUCCAGAACAGUAUGAGUACAUGUGCGAGCUCAAAAAGACAAUUGAUGCUGGUGGUCAUUGCAUCCUGGAGAUGCCUACAGGAACGGGCAAGACCGUUACUCUGCUUUCCUUCAUAACUUCAUAUCACUUGCAGCGACCGGAAAUGGCAAAGUUGGUCUAUUGCACUCGAACAGUUGGUGAAAUGCAGAAGGUUCUUGAGGAGUUGCAGAUUGUCUCGAAAUACCGGGAUGAAUGCUUUGCGGAAGACAACCCCGAGGCAGCAAAGUCCAUGCCAAAAAUGCUCGCGCUUGGUCUUACCACGCGUCGCAACCUAUGCCUCCAUCCAGUAGUCUCUGCCAAGGAGAGCAGAGAUGAAGCUGAUGCCGCUUGCCGCUCGCUUACUGCAUCAUGGGUUCGCAGUUCAGUCAUGGAAGCUCAAACAGAAGGUGGGAGUAUGGCAAGAAAUGAAUCGCUUUGUGAGUAUUUUGAAGGGCAUCAGGCGGAGGGAGUCAAUUCAAUGAUGCCACCAGGUGUUUACACUCUGGACGACCUCAUGGAAUUCGGUCGUCAGAAGAAAUGGUGCCCUUACUAUACCGCCAGACAUUGUCUCAGCUUUGCUAAUGUUAUUGUCUAUAACUACCAAUACCUUCUAGAUCCCAAGAUCGCUGGCCUUAUAUCAAAGAACCUUGCGCGAGAAAGUAUUGUUGUUUUCGAUGAGGCCCAUAACAUCGACAAUAUUUGUAUUGAUGCGUUAAGUGUCAAUAUUCGCGAGGUGACUCUUCGGAAGAGCCUUGGAAAUAUUGCUAGGCUUCGGGAAACCGUCGGAAAUGUGCGAAACACUAACAGAGCCCGACUGCGACAGGAGUAUGAGCGAUUGGUACGAGGAAUGUCAACCAGUGGCAUUGUACCACAACUGAAUGUCGGAGACUCAAUGCUGGCAAGCCCUAAUAUUCGUGAGGACAUAAUCGAGGAAACCGUUCCAGGCAAUAUUCGCAAAGCGGAGCACUUUAUCCAGUUUCUGCGAAGGUUGGUACAGUAUCUUCGAAUCAAGAAAAUGACUGGAAGGGAGUCAAAGCAGGAGCAGCCGUCAAGCUUUCUCUAUGAAUUGCGCCAGGAACUGCAAGAAGAUAUUCGUCCACUAAGAUUUUGCAGUGACAGACUUAAGUCUCUGCUUCAAACCUUGGAGAUAUCAGAAGUUUCGGAGUUCACACCCUUGCAACUAAUUGCAGAUUUCGCCACUUUACUAGGAACCUACGGUCAUACGAAGAGCUUUGGUAUCGUUUUCGAGCCGGUUGAUGAGCGCCUACCAAAUAUCCCGGACCCAGUUCUCCAGCUGGCAUGCCUUGACGCAUCCCUUGCGAUGCGGCCUGUUUUUCAGAAGUUUCAGAGCGUUGUGCUUACGUCAGGCACGAUAUCGCCUUUACCCCUGUACGCAAAAAUCCUGGGCUUCCAGCCUAUUGUAAUGAAAUCACUGACGAUGUCAAUGCAAAGGCAAGCAAUCUGCCCGCUCAUUGUUUCCAGGGGCCCAGAUCAAGUUGCAAUCAGCUCCAAAUACGACUGCCGCUCCGAUAUUGCAGUCGUACGUAAUUUCGGCAAUCUGUGCGUUGAACUCGCCAGUACGAUCCCAGAUGGAAUGGUGACUUUUUUCACAUCAUAUGUUUAUAUGGAACAGAUGAUCUCUAUGUGGCAUGAGAUGGGAAUCAUAAAUCGUUUGUUCGCGAAAAAACUCGUGUUCAUUGAGACACCGGACACAGUUGAGUCGGCUCUAGCACUUGACAGAUAUCGAAAAGCAUGUGAUGCCGGGAGAGGGGCGGUGUUCUUGUGUGUUGCACGGGGGAAGGUGGCGGAAGGAAUAGAUUUCGAUCGCCACUACGGCCGGGCAGUGCUUGUAAUCGGAGUGCCCUUUCAGUUCACUGAAAGCCGUGUACUCCGAGCAAGGCUUGAGUAUAUGCGGAGUAUGCUGAAUAUUCAUGAGGGAGAUUACCUAUCCUUCGACGCUAUGAGGCAAACAGCGCAAUGUGCUGGGCGUGUCAUCAGGAACAAGAACGAUUACGGAGUGGUGGUUUUUGCCGACAAGCGAUAUGUUCGGGCCGAUAAGAGAAACAAACUACCGAAAUGGAUCAGUGAUCUUAUGCCAGCAUCUCAGGUAGACCUUGAUACUCAGGCUGCUCUAAGUGUCACAAAGUUAUAUCUAAGGACGAUGGCCCAGCCCCCGAUAGAAGGGGAGAUGAAAGUUGCCCUUCUAUCUGAGGACCAAGUGGCUUCACUCAGUGCAAGUCGAUUCGCAAAUGUAGCUAACUAG